GUAACCUAAUCGAUCGCCGAGCAGAGAGGCAGACUGGGUCCACGCUCUUGUGAUCCGUUUCUCUGUGUCAGACCAAGUUCCCAGAAUAGCAACUCGUGCGGAGGAGAUGGAGGAGGAAGUCAGCGGUGGAUUUAACAACUGUUGCUUUUGCUGCUGCUGCUGCUGCUGCGGAACCGACUACCUUUCAGUCCGCGCUGCAUGGCGCACGUCGGACAAGAAUGAAUUCAAUACCAAGCCGACAAGACAUUCAGUCUGGAUCAGUGUGCAAGUUCAUGGGGAUAUAUAAACUCCUACUCCUCUAAGGUAAAUGAAAUAGGGGGCGAGAGAAGCCCGAGUGCGCGGAUCUGUUUCCUGCUUUAACUGUGCUACUUUGAUAGAGCCAUUCAGUAUCGUUCGGGCGAUCAAAUUGUCUACAGACGCUUCAGAGCUGCCGCCGCUACCGCCGCCGCUGCUGCUGCUGCUGCUGGAGGCGCAUGUCUGCAGCAAAGGCAAACAAGGAGCGUCUGUCUGAUGAAUGGAAAGCCAGACGGGCUCUGCUGUAGACCGCCGCGGUGAUCGGAUAACCUGUUGAAUUGCAGCUGUCAGUCAGCUCCAGAGCCGUGCAGCCAACACAUACGGCACGGGGGAAAGACGGCAUAAAUUAAAAAAAAAAAAAAAGAAAAGAAAAAAAUCACUUUACACGAGAUACACAGCGCGUACACAAUAACAGCAAAAGUCGCUUUAUUUUGUGCGUGCGUGUAUGUGUGUGUGUGUGCGCGCGCGCGCAGCUGAUGGUUAUUUCCAGAGAUGCGCUGCCCCCCCACCCCCCUCCCCCCCGUCCUUACAUCUGCAAAAUAUAGUUUCCAGUCCGCGUGUUCUACAUAUUCAUUUGUCUUUCUGAUAAAAAAGUGGUGGCGAAUCCAGAACUAGGAAGUAGUGCCAGAAGUGAUAGGCCUAUACAUUUUAUUCAUUUUUUUAAAUUUUUUUUUAAAUUUUAUGAUGGGGUAAUUCCUCCCAUGAGCGAUGGGACACUUCGUUGCUGUGGUUGUCGUGCCUUUUUGACGGUGGCGUUCAUGAGUUUAUUUUGCCACCGCAUCACAUUAUUCCCACUCUCUCCGCAGCAGCAGGUAACAGGAAAAAAAAAAAAAAAAAAAAACGCGUGAAGCUCUACCGGUUCGACCUUGAGUCACAUUUCCUCAGCAUAGCCUACCCACGGAUUUCAAGGUGCUUUACUUGUUGAAAAUAGCUUGGCUGCUCCCUGUCGCUAUGGCUAAUUCCUUAGGAACCGGUGGAUCCAGUUUGAUCCAUCCCUCUCUUUCUCUCCCUUACCAACUUGUCGAGUCUUCCCCCUCUUUGUUCCUAGUGCAAAAGUUCACUGUGCAUGCUCAGCGGGUAGUUGUGCGACUUCUGAUGAAAUAUUCGUAUCGAGCGAGGGUUGAAGUCGGAGGGGACUGCGUCGGCGUUGCUCUUAUAGUGGGGAAACUCGACGGGACGCACGCACACGACGCUUUGACACAGGAACUGUCACCUGUAGUGGGACACUAUAGAUGAGCAACUUUUCUUUUUCUUUUUUUCAUUUUCAUUUGGGCUGCUACCGAUCCAAAAAAGUAUUUUCCUUCAUAGCGAGGCAAUACUGGACCAAGUAGGUAAAUUGGACUUUUUUCGUUUCUUUUAAGGGAGGUGGAGACAACUGUCCACCCCCUCCCUCCCUCCUUGACUGAAAUUACCAACAAAUUGUACACAGGGGAGACACUUGAAGCACUCCGACAGCAAUGGAAAUGGAGGCUACCGAAGACUACCGUGCUAGUAACGGCCAAUGCUCUCCCGGUAAGGAGAGCUCGAGAAUGUUGGCGGAUAUGUCAGCACCUAAUGGACAGACAGUUCCUCAGGGUCCUAAUUCCCCCACUGAACUGACAAUUAAGCAAGAGGAAGAAAUGGCGGAAGAGGCUGACAACAGAAGCCCAGCACCUGAAGAAAUGGGCCAAACAGGGGACGAAGGAGUCGCACUGGAUGAAUCCAUGAGUGGCAGCCCACGAAACGCACAAGAUGGACUAUCCGGCCCGAACGCCACAGCAGAUGGAGGAAGCCGACAGCCAAACGGUGACAGGCCGUUCCAGUGCAACCAGUGUGGCGUGUCGUUCACCCAGAAGGGAAACCUGCUGCGACACAUCAAGCUGCACACAGGUGAAAAACCCUUCAAAUGCCCCUUCUGCAGCUACGCCUGCCGGCGGCGUGAUGCCCUCACCGGUCAUUUGCGCACUCAUGCUGUUGGCAAACCACACAAGUGUAACUACUGUGGGCGAAGUUACAAACAACGCACAUCUCUGGAGGAGCAUAAAGAGCGCUGCCAUAGUUACCUGGAGGGUAUCAGCUUGGAUCCCACUGCCAACACUGGCCCUUAUCCAGGUGAGGUUCCAAAAGAGCCAAGGCCAAUGGCAGAGCCUAAUACCAUGGGUACCUUUGAUCGACCGCCCGUUAUUGAAAGGCUGCAUGGCAAUCUAGGCAAGAGGAAGAGCACCACGCCACAGAAGUUUGUGGGUGAAAAGAUGGUUCGCUACAACUAUCCUGAUAUAGGCUAUGAGAUGGGCCUUAAGUAUGAAAAGCAGGCAGAGCUGAUGCCAGUCCACAUGAUGGACCAGGCUAUCAAUAAUGCCAUGACAUAUCUGGGAUCAGACAAUCUACGUCCCAUGCUCCACCACCCGGGACCUCAUCUUUCCAUGGCUGACGUCGUGCCUGUCGUCAACCCACUCUUCCACCAUGUCAUACCGCUCGGCCAACGAACAGAGCGGCCGGGUAGCUGUGACACACUGCCACCGCAGCCACCUCAGCCCCACGAGUUCCCCACUCAUCUCACCUCAAAUGGCCCCACUGCUCUAGCUAAGCAGGUCAAGCCACCCCAACCAGGACAAGAGGAGUCACCCAGCAACAGCGGUGUCGACUCUGCUGACUCAGCUCGCAGCAGCCCCCAGGAAAGACAGGGCUACCACGGGAGCAACGCCCCUCCCGGCUUCAGGUCUCGAGCCAGUCCGGCGGUGGUCUUUUCAGGGGAGCGCGUUCGAGACGCGUCACCCAGAAGCGGGGCGGGAGUGGGGGCCGGGAUAAUGCGACUGGGCGCGGAGAGGCCCGUCAGCCGGGAAGGACUGCGGGUGUUCGCGCGGGAAGGCCAGGAGUUGCGGGCUUUCCAGUGCGAGCACUGUCGAGUGCUCUUCUUGGACCAUGUCAUGUACACCAUCCACAUGGGUUGCCACGGAUACAGAGAUCCACUGGAGUGCAACAUCUGCGGUCACCGGAGCAAAGACAGAUACGAGUUCUCCUCUCACAUAGUCCGCGGUGAGCACACCUUCCAGUAAGAGGAUGGGUUUAAGGAAAGACAAAGAAGUGAAAGGAGCAAUAUCUGUUCUCAUCCCUAUCAGACUGCACGGUUUGAAUGGCACUGUAGGCAAGUGUAGCACAGUCACAGACUUCUUUUUAAGCUACUUAUUGUGAAUCUGAACAGUUGAACAAUUACAUGAAGGUAUGGGCCAAAGACACAUUUUCUACUUAUUUAAUUUUAGUUAAUUCAGAAGAAGGAUGGUAAGUUUAUUUCCUGUUAAUGUAUGUAUUGUAUUUUCAAUUCCUGUUGAUGAAUUGUGUAACAGAGCAGCUGAAAGGUGGCUUUCACUAGUGUUUUAUUUUAGUCUUAUUCAGAAAUCUUUCGUGCUUUUCCCCUUCCCCAUGCUUUAAUUGAAUGUUGUCAUUCUUAAGACAUAAUGAACACACACAGAUACAGUAUACAGGUGCAUGCCUCUGCUUUGUGAGCUCAGCAGGAUUGGUGAAAUGAAAAAAAAAAUAAUUAAAAAGGUUUCACUGCUAUGAGAUAGCAGUGUACCAAAUCCAUUUAGAUUUACCAGAUGACUUCAUACUGAACCAUUAACCGCCAUUAAUGAAUACAGCAACAUACAACUUUCAAAAGUAUUUUUCCUAGAGUCCCGUAAAUGUAGCAGCGUAUAACAAUAAAGUUUCGUGAUCUACCAAGAGAAGUUUCAAUACAAGCGCCAAAAACCCAGAAUUACAAACCAGGUGUGCAGAUCUGUGGAAAUAUAAUUUUUGGUUAUUUGGCUAACGUAGCAAUCAUAAUGUAGAAAGGUUAAUGCGGCAUAGCUAAACGCUAAACUUUCUGCACACUAUUAAUGAACAAGCUGAUACCAGACAGCAACAACUUGGCUAAGAUAUUUCUGAACUGACAGUGUUCAUUGACAAUGUAUAAUGUAAAUUACAUUAUGUUUCCAAAUGUCGCGCAUGUUGUAGACUGUCAGCGCUCAGUCUUUACUCACUGAGGUAUCUCCAGAUGUCAGUGGUUUGAAAGCGCUGUUGAGCCACUGGCGCUGAAAAAGAAAACCACCUACUUCCUGUUUAUGGCUUGUGAAUUUGUUUUUUUUUGUUUUUUGUUGUUUUUUAAUCUGAUUAAAUUAAAAAAAUAUCUAUAUAUAUCUGACAAAUAAAAAAAAAAACAAAUUCACAUCCUUAUUUAACAAUUUGUAAAUCAAUUCAACAGUAUAAAACCAAACGCUUUGUGCAAAUCGUAAUACGCUGAAAAAAAAAACAGUUUUAAGCGCAAAUAUUUUGCGAGGUCGCUUAACCCCACGUUGGAAAUUGAACACACUGAUCGAAUGUGUACUUUACUUUGCUAUACAUUUGUAAAUCAACUUCAGGAAAUUUGAAAUCCAACGUGUUGCUCUCACAGAGACGCUCCUCUCCAUUAUAGCCAGCCUCUAUUCGUUUUGCACUUACAAGUCAGGAGUAUUGAUCACAAAGCGCGCUGGAAGGUGAAGAACGGUGUCACCUAAUCGUUCUCGUCAGCCCCGUGACUUUGAAAGCGUUACAUGUGUCUGUCUGUUCCUCUUUCUUUUCUGAACUUCCAGGACGAGUGGCACAAAUAAUUGGCUUUUCCCUCUGUUUCUCCUGUCGCUCUUACAGUAAAUGGUCAGAUUCAGGUGACUCACUGGGGGAGUUGCGUGCGCUUCGGGCACACCAGUAGAUUUACAAGUUUGGUUGAAACUGAGAGACAAGGGUUGGUUAAGAAAACGGUUUCCUAAUUAUUAAUCUACAAGUUAUUGAACUACCUGGCAGCAGUAUAAUAGAUGGGAUCCUUUCUGAUGUACCUCACUUUAUGCUGUAUGCCUCUCCUUUUCAUGUAAUCCACCUGUGGUUCAAACUGGCUGGAUGUGUGUGUGUCUUACAUGCUAGUUGUAGAUUACAGCCAAUACAGGGAAACAUUUUUUUUUUCUUUAGCCGAAUUCCUGCAGUUUUGUAAUGUUGGCUUCCCGCUGUGGUAUCCCUAACCUGACCUUGUCUGAACAACGCUGCUCUUUCUCCUCUCCUCUUGAACACCGCCCCGCACACACACUAAAAGUCUGUCGCGCAUCCCCGCUCUCUUGACUGCCGCUCUUUGCGUUGCCAUGAUGUCAUCCCAGUCACGCGUGACCUUUGACAAAGGGGAAAGAGGAAAGAGACGGCGUGGGGACGAGGAAAAGUUGAGAGAGUGUGGUUUCCAUGCUGUACCACUCUGAAGGCACUUCCCAAAACUGUAGCAUUCCAAGUCACCUCUAUGAGCCGCUAACAUUUAAGGUUCGUGUAUAUAAAAUGUAAAGUACGUUGAAGGAUAACAGAUUUCGCUCCUUAAGGCCAGUUUUUUCAUGCCUUACAUGAAAGGACACCGACUGUGCUCGGCACGGUUGGUCAUGCACUUUAUGUCUCUUUAAAGGCAGCAUUUGUGUUUCUUUUUUUUUCUUUUUUUUUUCGUUUAAAAGUGUAAGCACAAUGGAAAACAAUCAAACACAGGUUAGCCUUUUGUUUGAGGGAGUGAUCUCGGAGCAGCGCGUUGUUGUCGGCCUCGCUGCGCCGCCCAGAUGAACGCGUUCGUUUGAUCGGAUCAAAACUCACAGGUCGAAGUUUGGCAUUAUGGGUUCCACACGUCAGUUUUCCAACAUCACACUCGUUCGAUGAUGCUCUAAAGUUUAACUCAGUGAUCUACUCUUUUAUGCUCAAUAUCUACCGGUAAUCAAAAGGCAGCUUUUUUCCUCUGUUUACAUGUCGCUUCUUUUUACGCGCAACUGGUGCCCAGCUAGCAUAAAAGCUCACUGUCUGUCAAAGUUGUUUGGCACUGGAAAUUGUUUACACCUUGCGGCUGUGAUAUGGACCCUGUACGUUCCUCUGUCAUGUUGUUGCUGUAUAUAUUUGUUAUCUGAAAAGCCUUAUCUGAUCUCCUAAAACAACAUGUACUUUUAUUUAUCCUGUGGUAAGAUGUAAGUUAAUGCUACCCUCAUUUUUCUUUCUUCAUGGCCUUCAGAGGGAACAAUUACAAACAGUGGAGAAGUUAAACUGAACUGGAAAUGUUAGAUGGAGAGAUAGAGAGGGAGAGAGUAGAUUUUGUCUCAUGGCGAUGAUUGAAGAGCCUUACUUAUACACAAAUUCUUUACUGAAGCAGCCAUAUGAACAAAAAAAAAAGGGGUGGGGGGGGCAAAGGGACUUCUGUCAGCACUCUUUGCGAGUGAGGGCUUUACUUGAAAAUCUAAAUCAUUGCUAUUGUCGCAGGUUGCGGGGAUGUUUUCUUUUGUACAUUUUGAAAGUGAGUGUGCUAAACGUCUAUUUUUCUGCUGAAAUGUUAAUGCAAAUAGUUUUGUGACCUUCGUUUGUUGUGUGUGCGCGUGUGUGUGUGUGUUUUAAGUUUUAAAAAAAAAAAUGUUUACAAAAAUGUAAAAGGCAGGGUUCGGGGUGCAUUGUAUUUUUUAAGAAAUAAUGUACAAACGGUGUAUAUUUUGGCACUGAACAUUGAUUUUAUCCAGAGAUGUGUGCUGAUUGAUCAACUCUGAUAUUGAUACCAACUUUCCGAUCCGAGGGCUCUCAGGUAUUUGCAUAGGUCGUGUAUUUUUAUGUCCUAAAAUAUGUGAUUUAUUUAUCAAAACGAUGCACAGUGAUUUUAAAUUCUUUCGUAAUUUCUCUUGAAUUUAAAUCCCUUAACACUGAAUGUGGUGAAGGAAGUCGGAGGAUUGUUCAGCCCUGUUUUUCUACGUCAAUAUCCUUACAUGAAGACACACUGCUGUGAAGAAUGCAAUGUAUAUUUUAAGGCAUGAGUUUCUCUCUAUUAAAGAAAUGGUUUAACUGCCUGGCCUGUUUUUGUGAAUUUGGAAAAACAGGAAGUCAGGCAUACUGUUGUAUCGGUUUCUUCAAAACAUGCAAACUGUACAUGCAAUUAAAAGAUUUUAUUGUGAAAAAAAAA